AUGGAAUCCUCCUUGGCUUACGAUCUCUGCAAGUGGGUGGAAGACAACCAGGCUUUGGCUACAAUCGCCGCGGGAGCUACACUAGUUCUGAUCUCUGAGAUAGUCUCUCGGCUCUGGAGGAAGCUUCGGCAGCGGAUGCUGCCCAGAGGAGCUGCAUUCGAGCUGGUCGUCUUCAAUGAUCAGGGCGAGGACUGUUCGGCGAAGCACUACCGAUAUCUCUGUGACAAAGUGCCCAAAGAGAAGCAGGAUUGCGGCAAUCCUUUUUGCUCCGAGCUUAACCAGCAAAAAAUAGUGAAUCGGAUCGAUGCAGCGAUGUACUCUGUGGACUUGGCCAUUUUUUCGUUCCAUUCCAUGGUCAUGACGAAGGCUCUACUACAGGCCUUUAGCCGAAACGUGUGUGUACGUAUAAUCACUAACCAGGAGUCAUCAGCUACCUAUGCCUUCGAAAAGUUGCGAAACUAUGGAGUGCAGGUGCGCGCACCCAGAAACCCUCUAAGGUCAAAAGCCCUAAUGCACCACAAGUUUUUUGUGGUGGACGCCAAAUCCCGGGUGUUGGACAUCCAGAAGAGCCGGGGACUUCGCCAUUAUCGACCUUUCGUCACAACGUUCGCCACCGGCUCCAUAAACUGGUCAACGCAGGGCUUUGGCGGCAACUGGGAGAACUGCCUCAUUAGCUACGACGCUGGAAAUGCCGAGAUCUACCAGAAGGAGUUCAAUCGCCUGUGGGAACUUUCGUCAGAUAUUGGUCCUCGCAGACAUUAA